CCGGCCCGGCCAUGCCGCGCCUCCUCCUCCUCCUCCUUUUCCUCCUCACCCCGCGCCUCGGCCGCGCCGUCGCCGCCAGCCCGGCGAACAGCACGGAGCUGCCGCGGACGACCACACGGAACGAGACGCAGCCGGGGUCGGAGCAGGAGUCCGGGCCGCGGCUGUCGCUGGGCUCGGGGCUGCCGGUGCUGAGGCGGGCGGUUUAUGUGCUCAGCGCUCUGUCGGCGUUGGCCGCGCUCUACUUAGUGCUGCGGGCGUUCCGCCCCAGGUCCGAGGGCCCCAGAAACGAGCCCAAAACUCAUUUCAGGUUGAAGAAGCCGCAGAGGAAGAAGUACGGGCUGCUGUCGAGCCAGGACGACACCAUCGAGCUGGGCUCCCUGGACAGUGACGAGGACACCGUGUUUGAAAGCCGGAACCUGAGGCGAUGACUCGUGACCAGCAGCACUGGCUGCCUGGAAUGAUGGAGGGUCCAAUCCCAGCGGAAUCUCCAGUGCUCAAAUUUUCUAUCUGCUUACAGUGACUUAAUUAACAGUUCCAGCCCUUCCAUAG